AUUGACUUAGAAGAAAUGUCCACUGAAGUCGAAAUAUCUGAAAACGCUGAAGAAAUUACUUUCCCUACUGCUCAUCCUGAAGUGAGCACUCUUCUUGAGAAACCUGCUGAUGUCUGGCAGAGAAGAAGAGUCCUCAUCAGAGAUAUUCUUUGUGCUGAGGAUCACGGUCUGGCAUACGUUGGUAAGAGUAUCACUAUUGGAGGAUGGACUCGUACGAUUCGUAAGCAGGGUGGAGGCAAGUUCGCUUUUGUUGUGCUGAAUGAUGGAUCUUGCUUCGAGAGCAUGCAGUGCGUCUUGGACAGCGAGAGAGUUCCCAAUUACGAGGAGGUUCUCAAGGCUGGAAACGUGGGCGUGUGCCUCCAGAUCAAGGGAGUGCUGGUGAAGAGUCCUGCCAAGGGUCAGUUCGUGGAACUUCAUGCCACCGAAGUGGUGGUUCUGGGUUCUUGCGACGCGAAAACGUUCCCUCUGGCCAAGAAGCGACAUACUCUGGAGCAUCUCCGUGACAUUGCUCAUCUGCGUUCUCGUUCGAACACUAUCGCCGCUGUGGCGCGUGUCCGCAACAGCUGCGCGUUCGCCACGCACCUGUUCUUCCAGCAGCGUGGAUUCAAGUACAUCCACACCCCUAUCAUUACCGGAGCGGAUUGCGAAGGUGCCGGUGAGAUGUUCACGGUCACGACGAUGCUGGACGAGAACAUCAAGGACAUUCCGCAGACGAAGGAGGGCAAGAUCGAUUACUCCAAGGACUUCUUCGGAAAGCACGUGAAGAUGACCGUGUCCGGCCAGCUGAACGUGGAGACGUACUGCUGUGCGCUGUGCGACGUGUACACCUUCGGUCCGACCUUCCGCGCGGAGAACUCGCACUCCGUUCGCCACCUCGCGGAGUUCUGGAUGAUUGAACCGGAAAUGGCCUUCUGCGAUCUGAAGAUGGACAUGGCCGUGGCGGAGGACUACGUGAAGUUCUGCACGGCGUACGUGAUGGAGCACAACAAGGACGAUUUGGAGUUUUUCGAGAAGCAGAUCGAGCCUGGUCUGCAUGACCGUCUGCGCAACGUGCUGGAGCAUCCCUUCGUGCAUCUCCCCUACACGAAGGCCAUCGAGAUCCUGCAGGAGGCGGCCAAGACGGUGAAGUUCGAGGUGCAGCCGUACUGGGGUCUGGACCUGGGCUCGGAGCACGAGCGUUAUCUGACGGAGCAGGUGUACAAGUGCCCGGUGAUCAUGACGGACUAUCCCAAGGAGAUCAAGGCGUUCUACAUGAAGGUGAACGAGGACGGAAAGACGGUGCGCGCGAUGGACGUGCUGGUGCCGAAGAUCGGAGAGCUGAUCGGAGGAUCGCAGCGAGAAGAGAAUCUGGACGUGCUGGAGAAGAGAAUCGAGGAGCUGGGAAUGGCCAAGGAGGGAUUGGAGUGGUAUUUGGAUCUCCGCCGCUAUGGAUCGGUGCCUCACAGCGGAUUUGGACUCGGCUUCGAGCGUCUGGUGAUGUUCGUGACGGGAAUGGAGAACAUUCGCGAUGUGAUUCCCUUCCCUCGCUGGCCGAAGAACGCGGACUAUUAAGAGUGGACUAGUAACUUCCUUCCUGGUU